CAGCACACGCGCGCUGGCCUCGGGGCUAUGGCGCGUCCGUUGAUGGGGUCAGUUCCGGAACGUGACCGCGGCUGUAACAAAGUUUGUCAUGACAUUGAUGUGCACUGCCGCCGGUCAGCUUUGGCGCACAGCGCUCAGCAUAGCUUCCUUCACGCAAGCGUGUCCGCUGCGGACAUAGAAUAUCACGCCCCUACUCAUAGCAUCUACAACUCCCUCAUUCACGUUAGAGACUCGCCACUUGCUCUGCGAUGCAGCCUCCACCGCCAACCACAUCUGCGGCCGUGUCCCAAGAAUCUGCGACUGCCACCGAUCUUUCCUUCACCCAAGCACUUGAGCAAACUGGCCCCGAGGAGUCCUCGAUCUUCCUUGCUGCGCAACGUGGAGAUAUCGAAACGGUCCGCGAACUGCUCGUGUCCGGCAAAGCCCAAGCGACGGACCGGGACCCCCAAAACAUCACCGCGCUCCACUGGGCCGCUAUCAACGCGCAGGUCCCGACAUGUCGGCUGCUACUCGAGCACGGGGCGGAGGUCGACGCACUCGGAGGCGAUCUCGUCGCUACCCCGCUGCAAUGGGCGGCCCGGAACGGGUAUCUCUACGUUAUCCAGCUCCUCAUCGCGCACGGCGCGGACCCGACCAUCACCGACUCGCAGGGGUACAACUCCCUGCACCUCGUCACGCACUCGUCCUCCGUGAUGCCGCUGCUCUACCUCCUGCACCAGCCGGUGAACGUCGACUCGCGUGACGCGCAGGGCCACACUGCGCUCAUGUGGGCGGCAUACCAGGGCGAUGCGCUCAGUGUGGACCUGUUGUUGAGGCACGGCGCGUCGCCAACCGUCACGGACGACGCUGGGCUGACUCCGCUCCAUUGGGCCGUCGUGCGGGGUAAUAGGGUCAGCAUCAGGAAGCUGAUGGAGAAAGGAGCUCAAAUUGGAGCCAAGGACAAUGAGGGUCGGACACCACGGGAUAUGGCGCAGGAGCUGAAGAGCUUGGGCGCUUGGAAACGCGCGCUGGAGGAAGGUGGAUGGGAUGACGAGGGCAUGAAGAAGACUCGACCCCUCAGCGAACGUAAUGCUCGAAUUGUCAUCUUUUGCUUGCCGACGAUUGUUUUCUAUGUCGUGUUCAAGACGUUGGCCGUCUUGCCCUGGUAUACCGGCAUUUUGCUUGCCAUGGCCGAGUUCUUUGGAAUGCAUCAUGUCGUCACCCGCGUUCUGCUCAACAAGAAUAGCUACACCGACACUGUCAGCCAAACGCCCUACUUCGCCGGAAUCAUCUCUGCGUCGAUGAUAUGGGUCGUUUUCUGCUGGGCCACGCGUUUGAUACACCAAACGCAAUCGCACGCGUUCUCGCACUUGUGCUUUGCACUCGCCGUAGGCCUCUGCGCUUACAACUUCUUCCGCGCCAUCACGCUAGAUCCUGGAGUUUGUCCCAAGCCCUCCAGUGAUGCUGAAUUGAAAUCAAUAAUCGAAGAUCUCGCUUCCGAAGGUCGACUGAAUGGCCAGACUUUCUGCUUGCAGUGCAUGGUAUGCGUUCUGUUACACCGGUCUCUCUUCCAGAGAUUAAUGGACGAACCAGGCGCGGAAGCCGUUACGGUCCAAGCAUUGCCGGGUCUGUGACAAAUGUAUCGCACGGAGUGACCAUCACUGCCCAUGGGUUUGGAAUUGUGUUGGCUCUAACAACCAUCGGCAAUUCCUGAUAUUCGUGACCACUCUGGUCCUUGGAAUCACCCUCUUCGAUUAUCUGACCUAUGCCUACUUCUCCUCUAUCACUCUCCCUGCUCUUGACGCUUCAGUUCCACCCUCUACAUGCCCACUUCCCCAAAAUCUGUGUGAAAUCACAGCCACUGAUCCUUUCCUUGUUGCGGUUACUUUCUGGGCCACUCUGCAGCUGACUUGGACGUUUGUGUUGCUCGGAUCCCAAUACUGGCAGGUCGCGCGUCAGAUGACCACGUUCGAGGUAUCCAACCUGGGCCGAUAUGGAUUCAUGGGCGGCCGCGGGGGUGCGAGUCUUCAGGGCCAGAUGGGCCACAGACACACUCACUCGCAGGAAGGCGAGGGCCUCAACAGUGCCCCCGCAGCUCACGGCCACAGCCACGGGUCCGGUUUCCUGAUGAACCUGCUCGGCUUCGAUCGGUUUACCCGAGGCAAAGCUGUCGACGGGCUCACGCGUGCCAGCAAAGCUAGCAAUCCAUUCGAUCUCGGUCUAGUCCGUAAUUGCCGUGAUUUCUGGACGAACGGCAAGGAGCUCGGCGUCGAGUACGAGAGACUGUACGAUGUGCCGCUAGAGGGAUUCGAGGAAGCCCGGAAGCGCCGCGAGCGGGAAGAGCAGGAGGACGGGCUUUCAGCAGGUGGGAGGAAGAGCUCUGCGAGAAAAGGACUGUUUAUGGGCAUGGGUCUGGGCAUGGGCCGGGCCGGCAGCAGUCGUGGUGGAUAUGAGCCCAUCAGUCAAAGUCAAGUAUGAUCAGUAUUUUACGAAACUUUGACGAAAACCGGUACUUAUUUAUGUAACGAGUUGGAAUGAACCGUUGUAGAUUUUUGAAACCUAGGGUCCUCUGUCCACUCAAGUUCCUGGUCUUCGCUGCAAACGGUGGUACAACCAGAGGGCCUGCACCUAAUGAAAAUUCUCAAGGUUGUUUAGGCAAGACCUCGAUGCGAAGGAUAUCGUUGAAUUGA